GCGCAAAGAUAUCGAUCGACUGAAAAGUAGCAAACAAAAUCCGAUAACAUGAACACGAAGGCAGCGUCAGUCGCAGCCGCCACGGAGAACAGCAAGGUAACUAGAAGUCUCAGAUGGUCUCUAGCUGGAAUGACUGCUCUUGUCACAGGCGGUACACGUGGCAUUGGCUAUGCUGUCGUAGAGGAACUCGCGGAGCUUGGGGCAGCCGUACACACCUGCUCUCGCAACCAGGAGGAGCUUAAUCGACGUUUACAAGAAUGGUCCACCAAAGGCUUCAACGUCACAGGAUCCGUCUGCGACGCAUCAUGUCAUCCUCAACGCCAACAACUUCUAGAAAAAGUCUCCUCCAUUUUCAAUGGAAAGCUUAACAUUCUGAUAAAUAAUGUUGGGACAAACAUAUUUAAACCUACUAUAGAGUAUACUUCAGAAGAGUAUUCGACGCUUAUGGCUACCAAUUUCGAAUCCUGUUUCCAUUUUUGUCAACUUGCACAUCCUCUUUUAAAGGCUUCUGGUGUCGGUAGCAUUGUUUUCAUGUCGUCGGUGGCGGGUCAGGUUCAUGUGUUUUCGGGAUCAGUCUAUGGAGCCACUAAAGGUGCAAUUAAUCAGCUUACAAAGAAUUUAGCAUGUGAAUGGGCCAAAGAUAAUAUUCGGGUUAAUAGUGUGGCACCAUGGUUCAUCAAAACCCCACUUGUCGAAAGUAUGCUAAGCGAUAAACACUUUUUGGAUAGAGUAAUAUCUGCAACUCCAUUGGAACGUCCUGGAGAAGCAAACGAGGUUUCAUCAAUGGUGGCAUUCCUCUGUAUGCAUGCUGCUUCGCAUAUCACCGGACAAACAAUUGUUGUGGAUGGAGGAUUUACGGUUAAUGGUUUCCCAUGAUCCCAAUUCCUUUUUAUGUUUAUGUCUACGUACUUUGGUAAUGAUCUGUAUUCGUUCCUAUGUUUAAUAAUGGAUCAUAGUCUAUUUGGUAUUUUUAUGAUUUUUGUUUAAGGUUGAGUUUUAGUUUGGAGAAGAGGCAUGCAUGGGUCGAUUUUGGUUUAAUCCUAAUCACAACUGUGAUUUUGGUUU